CGGAACCGAACCCUGGCGUCCUGCAGGCUGGGUCAGCUGAUUGUUUUCCUGCUGCGUGUCCGGGUUCCGUGGAGGCUGAACACGUAGACCGGUGGCCACGCCCCCUUCAGGUGGAGUCGCGUCAGAACCGCCGCCGUCCCUGAUUCUGAUGCUCAGCUGCCGGAGACGGAGCUCAUCCCGACCCGCGGAGUCCGGUCCGGCCGCCUGAACACGGUAAGGAGUCCCGCUGGUUCCGGUCGGUUCUGUUGACCCGGUUCUUCACGCCAGCUGGGAGGUUUUAGAUCCUUUAGCUGACUUUAUUAGACCAGAACGCGGACCCGUUUGGAUCGAACAUUCCGUCGGUUUGGUUUCCUGGAUUUUUCCGAACUUUAACGGAUUCAACUGGAUUUUUUUUUUUUUUUUUUUUUUUUUUUUUUGUUCCUGCCCUCGGAUCUGGACCUCCACCUGCGCUCAGAUUGCCGUCCUCAUGGCGUCUAAGACCAAAUGGGAGGUGGUGAAGGAGAAUCUGACCAAAAGCCCCGCCGACGACCCGGACGGCACGCUGGAGGCCAACCUGGAGAACGCCGACCCGGAGCUGUGCAUCCGUCUGCUGCAGGUUCCCACGGUGGUGAACUACUCCGGUUUGAGGCGGCGCCUGGAGAACAGCGAUGAGCCCUGGAUGAUCCAGUUCCUGGAGCUGUACGGUCUGGACCUGCUGAUGGAGGCGCUGGAGCGGCUGUCGGGCCGCGGCUGCGCUCGCAUCGCCGACGCUCUGCUGCAGCUCACCUGCGUGUCCUGCGUCCGCGCCGUCAUGAACUCGUCCACGGGGCUGCACUUCAUCCUGGACAACGAGGAGGGCUACAUCCGGACCCUGGCUCAGGCUCUGGACACGUCCAACGUGAUGGUGAAGAUGCAGGUGUUUGAGCUGCUGGCGGCGCUCGCUCUGUUCGACCCUCAGGGAUGUCACCUGACCCUGGACGCCUUCGAGAACUACAAGGUUCUGAAGAAGCAGCAGUACCGCUUCAGCAUCAUCAUGAACGAGCUCCAGGGCACCGACAACAUGGCCUACCUGGUGACGCUGAUGGGAACCGUCAACGUUCUGGUGCUGGGCCAGGAGGACCUGCGGAAGAGACACCGACUGAGACACGAGUUCAUCGGGCUGCAGCUGCUGGAUCUGCUCCCCAGACUGCGGGAGACCGGCGACGUGGACCUGAACAUCCAGUGCGACGCGUUCGAGGACGCCAUGGCUGACGAUGAGGAGGAGAUGGAGCGACUGUACGGAGGGAUCGACAUGAGCAGCCACCAGGAGGUCUUCAGCUCGCUCUUCACCAAGGUGUCCAGCAGUCCGUCCUCCGUCCAGCUGCUCUCCAUGCUCCAGGCCUUGCUGAUGGUUGAUCCAGACAGAGCUGACGUGUGGUCGGCUCUGGAGACGCUGACCGACAGAGCCGUGCUGCUGGCCCAGGAGCCUGACGUAGAAGCUGAUGACUCUCUGCUGAAUAGGCUCCUCCCCCAGAAAACCCUCUUAUCCAAUCAAAAGAUCAGAACCGUCGACAGGGCGGUGCAGACCCGCCCCCUCAGCUGCCCUCCUGGCCAACUGGAGGCUUCAGCAGCACCAAAGCAGGCUCUGGGUGCUCCACCUCCUCCACCUCCUCCGCCUCCACCCUUACCUGGUGCAGUAGCUCCUCCCCCUCCUCCACCUUUACCUGGUGCAGGAGCUCCUCCCCCUCCUCCACCCUUACCUGGUGCAGGAGCUCCUCCCCCUCCUCCACCCUUACCUGGUGCAGUAGCUCCUCCCCCUCCUCCACCUUUACCUGGUGCAGGAGCUCCUCCCCCUCCUCCACCUUUACCUGGUGCAGGAGCUCCUCCCCCUCCUCCACCCUUACCUGGUGCAGGAGCUCCUCCCCCUCCUCCACCUUUACCUGGUGCAGGAGCUCCUCCCCCUCCUCCACCCUUACCUGGUGCAGGAGCUCCUCCCCCUCCUCCACCUCUCCUGGGCAUGGGUCCUCCGCCGCCUCCACCGCCUCCAGGGGGAAUCAUUGCAGCUCAGGUAGUCCAGGGUUUAGGGAGCUCCUAUCCUAGCCCCUCCCACUUCUCCAGCCCCACCCCCUGCCCCACCCUCAGGAUGAAGAAGCUGAACUGGCAGAAGCUGCCGUCCAGAGUGGUGACAGAUCAUCAGUCCCUGUGGACGUCAUCGUCCGCGGAGUCCGUGGCGCCGGAUUACUGCAGCAUCGAGCAGCUCUUCAGUCUCCCUCCGACCGAGACCAAGACCAGAACCAGAACCGCCACGCAGACCAAAGAGAUUUCCUUCAUCGAUGCCAAGAAAAGCCUGAACCUCAACAUCUUCCUCAAGCAGUUCAAAUGUUCCCACGCAGAGUUUACCUCCCUGAUUCAGAACGGAGAUCGCUCCAAGUUCGACGUGGAGAUUCUCAAGCAGCUGAUCAAGCUACUGCCAGAGAAACAUGAGAUAGAAAACCUGAAGUCUCACCAGGCAGACAGAGAUAAGAUGGCGUCGGCGGAUCAGUUUUACCUGCAGCUGCUGAGCGUGCCCAGCUAUGGGCUGAGGAUCGAGUGCAUGCUGCUGUGUGAGGAGAGCAGCUGCGUCCUGGAGAGCCUGAAACCCAAAGCUGAGCUGCUGGACCGAGCCUGCCAAAGUGUGAGGGAGAGCUCUCGGCUGCCCAGCUUCUGCAGACUCAUCCUCAGCGUUGGAAACUUCCUCAACUACGGAACCCACACCGGGAACGCCGACGGUUUUAAAAUCGGAACUCUGCUCCGGCUGACCGAAACUAAAGCCAACAAGUCCAGGAUCACGCUGCUGCACCACAUCCUGGAGGAGGUGGAGGAGAACCAUCCCGACCUGCUGAACCUGCCUGAUGACCUGGAGAUCUGUGAAAAGGCUGCUGGCGUGAACAUGGAGUCCAUAAAGUCUGAAGCUGCUUCUCUGACCAAACGCCUCCAAAACUCUGAGAAGAAGGUUUCCUGUUCCUCUGAGGACGUGAAGGAGCAGUACCUGUCUCCCAUCCAGGAGAGCCUGCGGGCGUGCGAGCAGCUGCAGAAGGUCCUGUCCUCCACCGAGGACAGGAGGCAGGACCUGGCCGACUACCUGUGUGAGGAUGCCAGCAGCUUCUCCCUCGAUGACCUCUUCGGGACCAUCAAGACCUUCAGGGGACUGUUCCUCCGGGCCCUCAAGGAGAACGAGAGCCGGCGGGAGCUGGAGAAGAAGAAGAAGAAGAGAGAAGAGGAGAACAAGCUGAAGGGAGAGCCCACCAACAAGAUCAUCAGGAGGGAGGUGAACCCGAAGGACGAAGGCUGCAUCAUCGACAACCUGAUGGCGGAGAUCAGGAGAGGCUACUCGCUGAAGAAGACCCGACCGCGGAGCCAGAGGGGCAGCAGACGGCAGCUGCGUCCUGGGACCAUACGGAGGUCAAAGGCCGUGGAUGAGUCGUCGGUUCCUGGCCAAUCACUGAAGACAUCCGGGAUGGCCCUGAUCGAGGAAGCUCCGCCCACCCAUCCAGGGGACUCCAGCCAAUCACAGCAGCCGUCUGAGGCAGUCCAGACUCCUGCUGCUUCCCCCACUGAUUCCUCUGGUUCCGGCCAGUCUGUGAAGACACCAGAAGCACCUCAGGCCCCCCCAGCCUCGCCCCCUACAACCAGGCCUGAGGCUGAGCCGGCUGAGCCCACCACAGACCCGGCUGAGAGCCCGGACCACCAACAACAACCCUCCACCACCGCCGAGGAGACGCACAGGGAGGUUCAGGUUUCUGCGGCCGACUCAGGGCCAGACUCAGAAGGCCCGAGUGACACAGCACUGGAGGGAGUCCAGCUCAGCUCAGAGCAUCCAGAACCAAAGGAAGACUUGGACGUGUCUAACGUGACCGACGGGUCGGACUUUGAGUACAUCACCUCGGCAGAAGUGAGAGGAAUCAAACCGGAGAACGGCAACGCUCCCAACAGGUCCUCGAAGCAGCCCAGCGUCCGUUCAGCAGGACUCCAUGACUGCAUCAGGUCCCAAAGCCCCAAGAAGAAGAAGAAGAAGAAAAGCUGCGUUGUACAGUGAGGUGAGCAGAGGCGGACUCGUCUACACGGCAACAAGACUAGAAAACUGUGAAUAAAAAUU